AUGUGGCCAACAAGUGAUAGAUUAAGUGUACGUCGUAGCAGCCAGAACCGUUAUCGAACUACAAAGGCUUUCGAUUCUUUUAAAUCUUCGUCUCUGACGCCACCACUGUCUUCAAUGCUAAUCUCUAAUAAUAGUUCAACUUAUAGUGUCCUUCCCAAAGGAAGCAGGGGAAAUGGUGAUAAUACUAAUGGGUUAAAGAAGGGAGGGAAGGGUAUAAAAAGAGGCAAAGGAAAAGCAAAGAAUAGUAUUGAAUCUAAACGAUGUGAUCGUGUUAGCAGCAAUAGUAUUAUUAGCUAUAGUUAUAAUUGUAUUGGGAAAAAUAAUGCUCCAAUGGUCGAAUACUUGAAUCCACCUUCAACGCCGAUGAAAAAACGUUUAAUAUUCUUUAAAUCCAAAACUCAUAAUAAGCAAAAUAUUAAUUUUACAAAAAGACUAUCCAUACCGUCCACUUCACCGUCAUCACGACUUUCACCAAUACCAAUUCCGAUUCCGUCAUCACGACUUUCACCAAUUCCAUCAUCACGACUUUCACCAAUUCCGUCAUCACGACUUUCGCCAAUUCCGUCAUCACGACUUUUGCCAAUUCCGUCAUCACGACUUUCGCCAAUUCCGACUCCAUCCUCACGACUUUCGCCAAUUCCGUCAUCACGACUUUCACCAAUUCCGACUCCAUCCUCACGACUCUCAUCAAUUCUAAGUCCAUUUCCAAUCAAUCGGUAUGCGUCACACAGUCUUCCUCCGUUAAACCAUUUGGAAAUGUUCUAUCACGGGUAUCCCGAGCAUCAACUUAUUAUUGAGGCCGCGACGAUUGUACUACGAAUAGAAAGUGGCGAUUGGGUUACGGAUGAGGAAAGGGUCAUGAUACGCGCUAAAUUGGGUACUGUUGUUUGUCGUGUUUUCCCACCUGGGACUCCAGAAUAUCUGAGUUGGCAAGCAUUGUUAGAUUUGUGGAAACGAAUACCUGACUCCCGAUUUAUAGAAACUUACGUCGACUAG